CCGGCGUCCAUUCCAAUCUGAACGCGCUCCUGUGUAGCCCGAAAAUCGCUUAUCCGUCAUCCUUCAUUCGUCACAAACAAAAAAUUCCUGCUGGACGUUUUCAUCAAUAAAGACAACAAACAGAAAUUUGUUGUUUUUAAAUGUUUAACAAUAAAUAUCGUGCAAAAUUAAUUAACAAUGGAUGAAACAGAAAAUCCCAUAUUAUAUGUCGUGGUUGUGGGCUUCCACCAUAAAAAGGGGUGUCAAGUGGAGUAUUCCUUCCCACCCCUUGUGCCAGGAGCCCCGAAUGAAUGUCCCACAGGAUGGAAAUACUUGCCUACAUUGGCCUUGCCUGAUGGUUCUCAUAAUUAUGAAGAAGAUACUGUGUUUUUUCAUUUACCCAGUUUGACUAACCCGAAAGAAACUGUGUUUGGUAUUUCGUGCUAUCGGCAGAUUUCAGCGGAUAAACUCAAGAAUCGAACUUCUGAUAUCACAAGAACCUCAGUACAAAAAUCAGUAUGUGUCCUUAGUAAAAUACCUUUAUAUGGUCAGAUACAAGUGAAAAUGGCACUUAUUACCCAUGCAUACUUUGAUGAAGGGGAUUUUAGUAAAGUAUCAAUAUUAGAGGACACAUUUCACCAUUUAAAUGCUGUUUUAAGCCAGACAGAUAUUAGGCAGAAAACUUUUGUUGGUUUAUCAACAAGGGAUUUUAUUUUGCAAUGGAAGCACAAGGCCAUACUUUUAUUUAAGUUACUUCUCCUAGAAAAAAGAACCAUAUUUUACAAAUCUCCAGUUCUUCCUUUGUGCUCUACCAUUUUAACUUUAGUUUCACUAUUUCCUGAGAUGAUUGAAAAAGGACUACAUCAAGCAGCAUGCAUAAGACUGUCCAGACCCAUGUCACCCAUGCCAGAAUUUUCCGAUGAAGAGUCACCACCAAAUUCCCCAAAAAAGAAUCCACAUGUUCGAAAUGGGAACAGCACACCACCUCAAGCAAGCAAACGUGUUGAUGAGCAUAUUUUGAAAUCUGAAAAUUUAUCAGUACUCAAUCAAAAUGGAGAAUGCAUUGAAAAUGGAGUAGAAAUCACAGAAUCUGGGAGUCAGGGCAAAGAAGACAGCAAUGGUGUUAUAGGAGAAAAAAGUAACAGUUUACGUAGAGACAUAAGCUCAGACACAAUAGCUGAUUCAGUUCAAAGCAAUAUGAACUAUCUAACCCAAAUCAGCACAGAAACUUGUGGGUUUCCUCUAUCAAUUUUCACCAAAGGAUCUCUGUGCUUGCCAUAUUUAUCUUUACCAUAUUUGGACUUGUUAACAGACGUAAAUGUACGAAGCUAUGUUGUGGGAGCUACAAAUGUUUUAUUUAAACAAAAAAGGCAGUUGUAUGACAUAUUAGUUGAUAUUGAUGGAGGCAGGAUAGAAUGUCAAGAUCUCGCACUAAGAAAACUUCUCCAUCUUACCACAGAAGAUCUCAGAUUUGCCGAUUACAUUGUAAAACAUGUGUCUGAGGAAAGGCACGAUGUUUUCCUUGACGGUGUAGGCUAUGAAGGCGGCGAUGAAUGGAUCAGGGCGCAAUUUAGAGUUUAUAUGCUAUGCUUGUUAAGGACUUCAAUGUUACCUGAUGGAGCUAGAGAAAUGGAUCAUUUCAAUUCCAACUUUGUAUGUGCCUGGAGAGAAACGCACAACUACAAAAUGUGGCUGAGUACCAUUCAUCCUGGGAUUUUGGAUGUUCAUUCUGGGCAUCCGUUUGCCGGUCAAUUGUCGGUGGCUGAUAUGAAGUUAAGAUUAGCUCAUACUAUGCAAACGACAGAAAGUGGCAGAAAACUGGGACAAGCAAUGACAUCAACUGGUAGAGCAGUAGCUACUACAAGUAAAGCUGUGGGUGGUGCAAUCUCCCAAGCCAAAGGAGCUUUCUCCAGCUGGUGGAACAACCUCCUAGUUAGCCCAGACCCAUUGAUGAUGAAAGAACCAGAGGCUGUAGGCAUUUCUUAUGCUGAAGAACUGCAACAAUGCACCGAUGAACCGAAUAUAAACUGUUCACUGGCCGAAGAAGUAAUUGAAUCACUUGCACCUGUCACAAACAUCGAAACUUCUGAAAAUAAUCAUAUGAACAUUGAUGGAACUGAAUCUAGUAUUAGUAACGGUAAAAGCGAUAAUGAUGAUGAAUCUCAAAAAAAAAGGUAUCGGCCAGGUGAAAUACACACUGUUUAGUUAAAUAAAUUUGCCAAUUACGGGUGAGUAUUAUCUCAAAUUAAUUUUGAAGAAUGUACAACAUAACAUUCAAAUAAAAAUAUAUUUGAACUCACCUUUUAUAUAUUUUAAACAUUCCUGAUGAUAGUUUUUAACCUUAUUAUCUGGUUUAUUCUAUAAAAAUAAAAUGUACUUAUGUUCCUUCUCUAUUAAUUUGUUUCAUUAUUUAACGUAGUGUUAAUAUCUUGAUUUGAUUAAUACAAAUACGUUUUGCAAAUUGUGAUUUUAGUUUGUUGAACAAUAAGUAUAUUUUUUAUAUUAUCUGUACAUGCUGUUAAGAGUUAUAUUUAUUUUUUAAUAAUUUGCCAAUACACAUUAUUUUGUAAUUUCGUUAGUUUGAAUGUGUUUGUUGCUCGAAUUAUUUUUAUUUUUAAUAAUAUUAUACAGGGUCUUAUGUUUUUCCACUCUUUUGUAUUAUUUUUGUAGUAGUUUAGUUAGUUAUCAGUUAUUAUUAUUGUUGUAUGCUGUUGAAGUAAACUUUUCUACCUUUAUUUUUCUACAUAGGAAUCCAUAUUUUCGAAAAUAACCACAACCAAAAUCUUAGCUUUAUUUGAAAUAAAAUCAAGUGUUCUUCAACUCUAAACUCCAAUUAUAACUGUUAUUAGUAAUUUUAUCUAUUUGUACUUAAAGUAUGACCUAUUUUUAGAAUACUCCUUGAAUUAUUACUAGGCAAUUUUAAACUGCAAAAAACUAUUUAUUACCAUUGUAUCCUUAUAACAAUCCAGUACCUAAAUGAAAAUCAGACUUACUUGUACUAGAUGGACAUUUUUUAGUUAAAGCGGUGAUAAUAUUUGGAAAAUCUUAAAAAAAAUAUAUACUUACUUCAGAUCCUAGCUAUUUUUAUUAUUGGAGCUACUGAGCUAACUGAAUUAUAAAAGUUUUCUUUCGAAAUAUCUAAGUAGGUAAGUAUAUAAUUGCAUAUUUCUACCACCGCUAAUGAUACUUUAUACCCAAAUAUGAUAUGUAGUUAUAUCCUAAUAAAUUAGGUAUGCAUAAUUUUUUAUAAAAGAAAUAUUUUGAUCCCUGUUGGUGUAAUGUUUGAAAAAUGUAGAACAUUUUUUAAAAAUUAAUAUUUGUUUAUUCAAUAAAGUUGUACCUACUAGUUGAA